UCAUUUCAACUGGCAUCAGGUUUGAGGCGGGUCCAUUGUUACAGGUGUGGAAUUUAUUCUUCCAAGCCCUCAGCUGGCAGGUGGCUCCAUGGUUCUGCUGACUGCGGUGUCAGAACCCACCUGGACAAUGUCACCUUCAGAGGCAGACCACCCACAGGCCUGUGAGCAAGGUACUUGGAUGCCUCCUCACAAUGCGACCUGGAGGUGAACAGAGGGGAACGGCUUGUCCUAGGUCACAGCCUAGCUGGCAGCAAGGUGAGGAGGGGAGAGCAAGCAGGAUGUCCAGAGCUUCCCAGAGCCCUGCUGUAUUUAAAGUUUCUCUGAUUCUGUGAUUCCACACUCUGAUCUUUAUCACUAAAGAUGCAACAACCUGCUUGUAAUUAUCCUCUGGAAAAGGAUGAGGACAUCCUAGAGAAAGGAUGGCAUUUGGCUGUGGAAACUGAACUACCCCAGUGUGGUCCAGAGAAUAGCAACUCUGACAGUGUCCCCUGGAAGCUUCCAGCCACACAGCCUCUUCGCUGCAUGGGGAAGACAGAGUCACCCUGCCCAGAGGAACAGCCCCAAAGCCUCAGGGCCUCUCCGCUGCACCCCCUGAGGAGCCAGCCCAAGAAGCAGAGUGAGAACCAGGGGAGUCUUCUCCACUUUGACCGGCAAGCCCCAGGGAGAAUUUCCACCUCUCCCACUUUGAGGAGGUUAAGGGGCAGUGGUGGUGGGACAAAGUACUCCCUGACUCAGCAAGAGGCCUCGGAAGGGCCCACCUGGGGAGGCUGGAAGGAGCCUGCAGGCUCCCCAUGUUACCUUUCCAAGAGUCUACCUGGAAGCCCCAAAAUUUCUUCGUAUUCCUUAUUGCCCAGACUCCACUCAAGAUUGCCUCUGGAUCCCACAAGUGUCCUCGAUGCCGCUGACUCAUUUGAGCCCCAAGCAGGGCCCACAGAUGAGGCUGCCCUUCCAGGGUCUCUGCCUGUCCAAGAGGGGUAUCUUUCCCAGGCUUCUCUUUCGGGGAGAGGAAGCCACUCACCGCCCAGCCCUGCUGCACUGCUCCCCAGGCCUCAGGGAGAAGAAUUACAUCAGUCCAGGUUCUACGAGCACAGACGGAGUUCUGUGGUGCUUAACUUGCCUGGACUUGAGGUGUUCCCUGGGGACCUUCUGGUGUCCGAUGGAGCUGCCCAUUACCUGUGCCACCCACUUCUGCUGCUGAAUUCAGAAUCGAAAAAGCCAAGAUGGCCUUUCUCCAGGAGAGGAGUGCAGGGCAAAGACAGACACAAGCAUAUAUCUGACCUGGAAACCUGCCUCUCCUCUGUGAAGAUCGCAGACUUCAGGGCCUAUGAGUUCCACGGCCUUAAGGGUAAGACCUGGAAUGAAGUCGUGGACACACAUCAAAAACUUUCUACUGAUCAAUUAGACUCGAGGAAGCAGCAAGAGGCCGUGUGGGAACUUUUCACGAGUGAAUGCACUUAUUUCUUGGACCAUUUAUUAGUUCUUAAGAUGAUCUUCAUGAAUACACUGAAAUAUCUACACACUUAUGAGUAUCUCUUGGACGUGGAUUUAUGGAGACUUUUCGCAAACCUGGAGGAGUUAAGUCAGACAAGCUUUGGAUUUGUGAGCAGCCUUUUUGCCAUCGUCAAGGACUACUUCGAUGCUUCUGAGACCUCACCAUCCAUGGAUUUCAUUCCCGUGCUUAUGAAGUAUUUCCGAGGGAGCCUCUGUCAGAGCCACCAGACCUACUGCCUGAACUACUCCGCCGCUGUCUUUUAUCUGGAGAGCCUGAAGCAGAGAGAUGACUUUGGAAUUUAUUUAAAAUGGUGCGAGCAAAACGAGCAGUGCAGACGGCUUCACCUGUCUGAGCUGCUCGUGGCUCCACUACACAGGCUGACGCGAUAUCCCUUGUUGCUGAAGAAUAUCUGGAAAAGAAGUACAGACGCUACUGAGAAAAUCAUGAUCUACUCCAUCAAGGAAAAGGUGGAAAAGUCAAUCCGGGAUCUUGAAGGAAAAGUGAAGUGGCUUGACAAUUUUCAAAAACUUCGACAUCUACAGGAGAUUGUAGUGUGGCCCCCGCUGUGGGAUAGAGACAAAAGGUUUUUCAUUCCAGAGUGCCUGAAGCACAUUUUUAAAGAGCAUAUGGCAGAAAACAUCCUGUCACCAACCAACAGACACCUUCUCUAUGAGGGAAAAUUGACCCUUGCAGAAAGUACAAGAUUCCUAGAUGUUUAUCUGUUUCUCUUUGAUGAUUUCCUCUUAGUUACGAAAACUAAGCGCAACAAAAAGAAAGCUGGAGGCUCAGACACAGGUGUAAUGUGUCCUUCACUUACUCCUGAGCUGCAAACGGUAAUAAAAGAGGGUGGUUCGUGUACGGUACUCGAUCAGCCCAUUCCACUCGAUAGAUUGGUAGUCAAAAGUAUCGAUCCUCUCCACGUGUCAGUCUUUGGGCUGAGAAAUGCCUUCCUUGUUCAACAUGAAAACCGGUAUCGACAGUGCAUAGCAGCGUUCUUAUUACAAGCCCAAACAGAAAACAUCAAAAAAACAUGGAUAGCACAAAUAACAGCAGCAAUCACCUGCUUCACCAAGAGUCAGGAAACCAAGAAAAUACCUUUAUUCCCAUCGGCUGUGGAAUCCUCUGAAAUUUAGGGACCUAAAACAACCUUUUUAGAAAUGAAGCAUUAGGGUAUCCUUUCAAACUUUUUUAAUGCUUAGUGAUGAACUAGAAAGAAAUGUGCCUUUUAAAGGAAUUCCAGAAUUUGAGAAUUUAAGCUAAGAAAGUUCUCAGUACAGAGGAAUAAUGGCUGCAACAAAUUUGAACUUCUUCAAAGUGAGGAAUUUCUUGUCAAGUAUGUACUGAUAUUCAGACUGCCUUAAAAUGUUUCAGUCAGGCUGGUGAGAGGCAUGAGUGAGGUACAAUGCUAUUAAAAUUUGUAAAGGGUGAGUUAUUAGAUGAAUGGAGGGGCAGGAGGAAAGCAUCAUUUGUGUCCAGUAGGAGUUCUAGCAUCUUUUUUGUGUGUAUCUGUAACGAAGCCAACUUUCCUACCUACAGGGCUUGUAAACGUCCCACUGCUUUCCAGUCCUACCUCACACACAAUGACACUUCUUUUGAUACAGAGUUUGAUUGUUCUCUUAAUAUAUUAGGCAAUAAAUAAGGUCUACGUUUUAAUAGUUUCUAAAUUCCUAUUCUCUAACAGUUUAGUUAUCUCAGGUAUAUUUCAUAAUACUCUAACUUGGAAAUAGAAAAUCCCAAAGACUAAAUUCUAUUAUUUUAAAAAAGGAAAAGCAAGUAUCUACCUGUUCCAGUUUCACAAGUUAACAAUUUUACAUGGCAAAUUUCUUAGGAAUAGUAAGGUAUCUUUCUCUAAACUUCAUUUUUUGAAGAAUAAUGGAGUUGUCAUAGAAAAUAUUAUGGUUUUGAACAGAAUGGGGUUGUUGUGUGUGUUUACCACAGUGCAGCCACUUAAUUUAACUUGGCAGGACUCGAAAUUUCAUUAGAAUUUUUAUUAAGAAAGGCUUGAAUUAUUAUAUUAUUGUGGUAGAACAUACUAUUAACUGUAUUUAAGGAACUAGGUCUUAUGGUCAGAUUAUAUCAAACGGAGAUCCACAAAUUUCAUUUUUAACCACAUGUCAUGGAUUUCUAAAAUGAAAGUCAUAAAUUGGGCUGCCAGAUAAAUGAUCAACUUAACCCAUCUCUUUAAGUUGGAGAACAGGAUAGAGAAUAGGAUGGUGCUUAGGGAAGUCACGUGGGACAGUUAACCGGCAGAGAAAGAGCCCACCUUCCCCGCCGACCCAGGCAUGCAGACCACACGGGUGGAGCACAAGGGCCCGAGCGGAGGCCAGGCGCUGCAGUCUUGGAGAGAGGGCCGUGGGCUCCGAGUAAUGACGUGACAUGUUUGUAGAAGUAAGUGAAAAUAAAAGGAAAAUCUGGAGAGCAAUAACUACUGAUAAAGGCUAAAAAUAAAUGAGGAAAAAAAGACAAAAGGGGAGAACAGACUUCAAGUCAAUUCCUAGAGAUGGGACCUGGGUGAGACUGAAAGGAAAUUAUGUUCAGAAGACAAUACAGACUAACAUAAGAGAAGAUGUAGGGAAAAAAUAUGGCCAAAAAUCAUACACACACACAUAUUUAGAAAAAGAAAUGAACAAUAAUCUUGCAUGGAUUUUUAGAUAUAAGCCAAUUUAGGAGGACAACAAUGGACUAGGACUAGGCAAUCUCUCAAGAUUUCUUUAGUCACAUGAGUCCAGUAACUAUAUAUUUAUAUGCACAAAGAACUAGUUUCUCCCUAAAAUGUCAUUUGAGAAAAACUGACUAAAUUAAUAUCAAGAAUAUAAAAUAGCUUAUAUGCAAAGAAAUAUUAGCACCCCUAUGUUCAUUGCAGCACUAUUCACAUAGUCAGAUGUGGAAAAAACCUUAAUGUCCAUUGACAGAUGAAUGGAUAAAGAAAAUGUGGGAUGUAUGUACAGGAUGGAAUACUGCUCAGCCUGUAAAAAGAAGGAAAUCCUGCAAUAUCUAACAACGCAGAUGAACCUUGAGGACAUUAUAUGCUAAGUGAAAUAAGCAAGUCACAGAAAGACAAGUACUGUAUGAUUCCACUUAUAUGAGAUCUCUAUAACAAAGUCAUAGAAUCCAAGCAUGAAAUGGUAGUUGCCAGUGAAAUAGAGAGAGGAGGAAACGAGUAGUUACUAAUCAAUGCCAAUGCAUGAAGCUGCAGUUAAUCAAGGUGAAGAAGCCCUAGCCAUCUUCUGUGCACUUAAAAAGAUGUCAUGAGGAUAAAACUCAUGUUGUGUUCUUAUGACAGUACAAUAAAAUUUAAAAGAAGAAUAUUCUAUGUACUUAAACUGGAAUUCUAUAAAGCUUACAAGAGAACAUGUCUAACAUGUAAUAUAUUAAGUGCUAGAGGAUAUACACAGUAAAGUCUUCAGAGUGGAGCAUAUUAGAGUAAAAUGAAAAAACACUCUGGAACUUUGGUUCCUGGGGUUGGGGGAGGGGAUAAAAAAAAAAAACAGUGAAAAACAGUGGUAUGUAAAGCCUUCACAAGAAUAUUUUUAAAUGGCCACCUGGGUAUUAAACUCAGAUAUAUAGUGAAAGAAGCCAUUAUUUUAAUUUUGUUUAAUAUUUCUUUUCAGUUUUGUUAAUUUUCCACAAUAAUGAAUGGAAUAAAAAGGAAAUGUCUUGAGAAAAAUGGCAUUAGUAAUUUCUUGUGAAAUUAUAAAUUUAAUUACUAUUCUAAGUUGAACAUUAAAGUAUAUCCACUCCCUAUAUCCAAGCACAAAGUUCUAACAUUCUGUAAAUAAAUUAAUGCAAAAUGGUUAA